GUAUCCCAGCUAGCAGAGGCCACUUGUUCUGCAUUUCUGCGUCGACUUCCUCUCUCUCCGACAACAACAACAGCAACAAUACAACCAGCCGGAGUUAACACAUCGGUUGUGAACACAGUGGUGCCAUGUCGAGGCAAGCGAUUUGAUCAUCACUUUGUCAACCGUUGGAUGGCCCGUGACUACAAGAGACGUGUCUGCCUGAAACAGCAUUUCUCCUCUCGUCUUCGAUACACCGUCAUUAAGAGAUGUUCUGUUCUACCUAAAGAGUUUCAGGAAGUAGCAGGCCAGGAGUUACACGCCUUCCCCCGCGACGCCUGCUACCCGCGAAUCAAACCUCGGUGCAUCCUCACCUCCCGCCCCCGCUGGGUCCUCCACGACUACCGACUGAGCCGCAUACAGUGGCGGCUGCUGGCGGACUACAACAAGCUCAGCGGAAUCAAGAGGGCUACCUGGUGAUGGGGGAAUGAUUGAGUAGGGCGGGGCAGGGUGGGGGGAUGGAUUGGGUUAGUUUUACAGAUGUCAUAUUGAGCGUUUGAUUACAUGUGUAAGUGUUUAUGUAUACCUACAUGAGCGUUUGUAAUAACUAAUACAUGUUUGCAAGUGUUCAUUAUAAUUCCCACCUAUGAGUGAUUAUGACACACAUAUAUGCGAGCCUUUGUUUCCACUACCCUUGUGAGUGUUUACAUUUCAUGUUUGCAGGUGUUUAUAAUUCACACACACAUAAGUGUUUAGUUUAUGAUGCAGGUAUGUGAGUGUUUGUAAUACACACAUGUCGGUGUUAAUGAUACACAUA